CAGGAGGAGCUGGCUGACCGUCUGCAGAGCAAACAUCUUGCUGCAGUUCAACAAAAACUUAAAUCUGGUCUGAAGGAGAAGUUCCAGUGUGUGUUUGAGGGGAUCGCUAAAGCAGGAAGUCCAACCCUUCUGAACCAGAUCUACACAGAGCUCUACAUCACAGAGGGAGGGACUGGAGAGGUCAAUGAUGAACAUGAGGUCAGACAGAUUGAAACAGCAUCCAGGAAACCACACAGACCAGAAACAACCAUCAGACAAGAAGACAUCUUUAAAGUCCCACCUGGAAGAGAUCAACCAAUCAGAACAGUGAUGACAAAGGGAGUGGCUGGCAUUGGGAAAACAGUCUUAACCCAGAAGUUCACUCUGGACUGGGCUGAAGACAAAGCCCACCAGAACAUCCACUUCAUAUUUCCAUUCACCUUCAGAGAGCUGAAUGUGCUGAAAGAGAAAAAGUUCAGCUUGGUGGACCUUGUUCAUCAUUUCUUUAGUGAAAUCAAAGGAAUCUGCAGCUUUGAACACUUCCAGGUUCUGUUCAUCUUCGAUGGUCUGGAUGAGAGUCGACUUCCUCUGGACUUCCAGAACCAGGAGAUCCUGACUGAUGCUACAGAGUUCACCUCAGUGGAUGUUCUGCUGACAAACCUCAUCAGGGGGAAACUGCUUCCCUCUGCUCGCCUCUGGAUAACCACACGACCUGCAGCAGCCAAUCAGAUCCCUCCUGAGUGCGUUGGCAUGGUGACAGAGGUCAGAGGGUUCACUGACCCACAGAAGGAGGAGUACUUCAGGAAGAGAUUCAGAGAUGAGGAGCAGGCCAGGAGGAUCAUCUCCCACAUGAAGACAUCAAGAAGCCUCCACAUCAUGUGCCACAUCCCAGUCUUCUGCUGGAUCACUGCUACGGUUCUGGAGGACGUGUUGGAAACCAGAGAGGGAGGAGAGCUGCCCAGCACCCUGACUGACAUGUACAUCCACUUCCUGGUGGUUCAGACCAAAGUGAAGAAGGUCAAGUAUGAUGGAGGAGCUGAAACAGAUCCACACUGGAGUCCAGAGAGCAGGAAGAUGAUCAAGUCUCUGGGAAAACUGGCUUUUGAUCAGCUGCAGAAAGGAAACCUGAUCUUCUAUGAAUCAGACCUGACAGAGUGUGGCAUCGAUAUCAGAGCAGCCUCAGUGUACUCAGGAGUGUUCACACAGAUCUUUAGAGAGGAGAGAGGGCUGUACCAGGACAAGGUGUUCUGCUUCGUCCAUCUGAGUGUUCAGGAGUUUCUGGCUGCUCUUCAUGUUCAUCGGACCAUCAUAAAUCAUGGUCUCAACCUGAUGGAAGAAACACAAACAUCUAAGAAGUCUUUAUUUUCUAAGAAACCUAAACUAAAGUCUCUUCACCAGACAGCUGUUGAUAAGGCCUUACAGAGUCCAAAUGGACACCUGGACUUGUUCCUCCGGUUCCUCCUGGGACUUUCACUGCAGACCAAUCAGAGACUCCUACAAGGCCUGCUGACACAGACAGGAAGUAGCUCACAGACCAAUCAGGAAACAGUUCAGUACAUCAAGGAGCAGAUCAGUGAGAAUGUGUCUGCAGAGAAAAGCAUCAAUCUGUUCCACUGUCUGAAUGAACUGAAUGAUCAUUCUCUAGUGGCGGAGAUCCAACAGUCUCUGAGUUCAGGAAGUCUCUCCACAGAUAAACUGUCUCCUGCUCAGUGGUCAGCUCUGAUCUUCAUCUUAGUGUCAUCAGCAGAAGAUCUGGAUGUGUUUGACCUGAAGAAAUACUCUGCUUCAGAGGAGGUUCUCCUGAGGCUGCUGCCAGUGGUUAAAGCCUCCAACAAAGCUCUACUGAGUGGCUGUAACCUCUCAGAGAGAAGCUGUGAAGCUCUGUCCUCAGUUCUCAGCUCCCAGUCCUCCAGUCUCAGAGAACUGGACCUGAGGAACAACAACCUGCAGGAUUCAGGAGUGAAGCUUCUCUCUGCUGGACUGAAGAGUCCAAACUGCAGACUGGAAACUUUCAGACUGAGUGGCUGUAACCUCUCAGAGAGAAGCUGUGAAGCUCUGUCCUCAGUUCUCAGCUCCCAGUCCUCCAGUCUCAGAGAACUGGACCUGAGUAACAACAACCUGCAGGAUUCAGGAGUGAAGCUUCUCUCUGCUGGACUGGAGAGUCCAAACUGCAGACUGGAAACUCUCAGACUGAGUGGCUGUAACCUCUCAGAGAGAAGCUGUGAAGCUCUGUCCUCAGUUCUCAGCUCCCAGUCCUCCAGUCUCAGAGAACUGGACCUGAGUAACAACAACCUGCAGGAUUCAGGAGUGAAGCUUCUCUCUGCUGGACUGGAGAGUCCAAACUGCAGACUGGAAACUCUCAGACUGAGUGGCUGUAACCUCUCAGAGAGAAGCUGUGAAGCUCUGUCCACAGUUCUCAGCUCCCAGUCCUCCAGUCUCAGAGAACUGGACCUGAGUAACAACAACCUGCAGGAUUCAGGAGUGAAGCUUCUCUCUGCUGGACUGGAGAGUCCAAACUGCAGACUGGAAACUCUCAGCUUGUCAGGCUGUCUGGUCUCAGAGGAAGGCUCUGCUUCUCUAAAAUCAGCUCUGAGCUCCAACCCCUCCCACCUGAAAGAGUUGGACCUGAGCUACAAUCAUCCAGGAGAUUCAGGAGUGAAGCAGCUGUCGGCUGGACUGAAGGAUCCACACUGGGGACUGGAAGCUCUCAGGGUGGAGCCUGCUGGAGUCCGAUGGUUGACACCAGGUCUGAGGAAGUAUUCCUGUCAACUCACAAUCGACACAAACACAGUGAGCAGAAACCUCAAACUGUCUCAAGACAACAGAAAGGUGACACAUGUGGAGGAGCUUCAGUCAUAUCCUGAUCAUCCAGACAGAUUUUAUCAUCAUCAGCUGCUGUGUAGAACUGGUCUGACUGGUCGCUGUUACUGGGAGGUCGAGUGGAGAGGAGAAGUUUAUAUAUCAGUGGGUUACAGAAGAAUCAGGAGGAAAGGAAACAGUGGAGACUGUUGGUUUGGAGGGAAUGAUCAAUCCUGGAGUCUGAGCUGCUCUGAUGGUGUUGGUUACUCUGUCUGGCACAAUAACAGAGUAACAUCUAUCUCCUCCUCCUCCGUCUCCAACAGAGCAGCAGUGUAUGUGGACUGUCCUGCUGGUAUUCUGUCCUUCUACAGAGUCUCCUCUGACUCACUGAUCCACCUCCACACCUUCAACACCACAUUCACUGAACCUCUGCAUCCUGGCUUUGGGGUCUGGAGGUCCAGUUCUGCCUCCUCAGUGUUUUUGUGCUGAUUGAGUCUA